AUGACCACUCGCAGCAGCCUGCAGCGCGGCACCACCCAGCAGCACUUCGAGGGGCCGGUGCGCCGGUGGAAGCGGCGUUGGGUGUGCGCAGGGGACCCCUCGGGCGCCCAGGCCAAGAAGCGCAUCAUGCUCCUCAAAUGGAUGCCCACCGAGGAGAGGGCGGAGGCGCGGCCGGAGGGGCGCCCUCGACUGGUGCCGCUGGGAAAAUUGAAGGAGUUGCAAGCCAAGGGCCACAGACCCGCAGCAUCCAAUUCCUCACAGGAGCAGCAACAACAGGCUGCUAAUGAGGACAAGGCUGUCUCUGGGCCUGAUGUCAUCAUGGAGGCCACUGGAGAUAGCCCUCAAGACUCACGAGAGGAGGAGACCAUUCCUGGCACACCCAUCCCUGAUGGAAGUGAACCUUGCGAUGGUGUGCAGGCAGACGUUGUCGAGCAUCGCCCAGAGAGCAUUGGCAGAGGCAACUCAGAAGAUGCAUCAGACAAGGUGAACAGCUCUCAUGAAAUAGCCAAUGGCGAUGAUGAACGACUGUGCAGAGAUGAUGGUGGACAGGGCAAGAGGGAAAGUGAGGCGACCGCUGACAGCGAAUCAGAGCAGAGCAGGAAUGACGAAGAUGCUGAAGAGCAGAUGCUGGAUGCAGAAUUCCAGGACAAGGGAUCUGAAGAGGAUGGGGUAGGUAUUGUUCCUGCUGUGGGCAAUGCAGUCAGCCCCAAAGCUGAGCAGAGUGUGGAAAAGAGCGAGUCCCGAAGCACGGCAGCAGCCAUCAGCGAUGCAGAAAUAGAGGGUGGAAGUAGCGGAUCCGGUUCGCAGCAGAUUGGUGCAGAUUCUCACCACACUGCAGCUGACAGUGAGCCACAGUCGUCUGCCUCAUUUGACAAAGCUGAGUCCAUGGAUGUGGGGCGGAGCACAGUGUCAUCCUCGUCUGGAGAUGUGAGCAGCCCGAGUGAAUCUGUGGGCAACGAACAGGGCACUGCCAGUGGUUACGAUGAUGGCGGGCCAGAGUUCCAGCAAGAGGGCAGUGCCGAUGAUGACCUUGAUGUUGAGGUUGUUGAUGUGAAUGCUGCAGACGACCCGGUGCCCUGGGCCAGCACCUUGAGCCCAGAUCCUGGUGAAGGUGGCUGUCCUGCUGACACAAUGGAUCGUGAGGGUGACCAUGCAGAUUGUAUGCCAGAAUUUGUCGAUGAGGUGAACAAUGAAAUGCAGGAUGAGCUCAAUGAUGGCCCCUUGCCCGUGGCAGCCAUGGAGUACACGACCUCUGGUGGUGUGCUGCAGAGCGGAGCUGUGGAUGCCAAUGCAAAGGACACUGAAUCCAGGGAGCGCAUGAAAGGGCAUGGAUCUGAUGGUGCUGCCUGGGCUGCUUCUGUAAGCGAUCCCAGCAAGUCUUUGGCAGAAGAGUUGGGAGAAGCGGCAGACUGCACGCCGCCAGGAUGCCAUAGAUAUCUUGAUGACAAUAUGCAGCAGGGGGUCGCAACAACUGAGCAAAUGGAAAGUUUCAGAGGUGAGCAGAUGGGUGACGAGGCAAUGAAUGACGGGUCAAGUGAUGUUUUCAAGAAGGUAGAAAUGGGUAGGAAAGAGCAGGGGGCUCCUGGCAUUGGGGAAGUCGAUUUGUCAGCUGAUGAGCUUGUGUUUGAUGAAGAAUAUCCAGAAGGGUCAGAUGGUGGGCGUCCAGAGCCACAACUGGCGGUCUUUGGGGAGCAGCUGCAUGGCAUUGAUCAAGCGGACCUGCAGCCAUCAGUUCAGAGUGGUGAAGGAAUGCCCUCAAUCCAAGACAAUGGUGGCACCGAUCCCUACCUUGAGUUGCCCCUCCCCGAGUCUGAAAAUUACCGUACGAUGGCAGGCAAUCAGAGUGCAGGGCCUCUAUUGGGCCCACACAUUCCUGAUCCCAAGUCAAGCAGCCAGCCGUUUGACAGAGGCGUGGAGCCUGGACAACUGGAAGAUGGCCAGGAACCCUGA